AUCUUCACUUUUUAUCUCUCCCACUCAUACAAUAAAAAGAAAAACCUUGACCAUGUGUAUUAGAUAAAUUUCAAAUUUGCAAUGUUAGGAUAUAUCCAUUACUGAGAAUAAUUAAUGUUCAGCUGAAUGAUAUGUUCGAUUUAAGAUGAUUUAUGAGUAACCUAGAGGAAGUAAUAUGAAGGCUAAUAUAAAGGCUAACCAAAAACCAUUCUUUACAACAUUUGCACUUCCUUUUGUGCUGUUGUUAUUUUAAGAGUUUUUGAUGUCUAAUAUUAUCAUGGCCAAUGCUUUUUAUUCUAUAGCUGAUUUGGUUCUAGAUUUUCACUUAAUGUUCCAUUCCAGAUGUUGAAACAACGGUUCAUUUGGUGUCUUUUUCAUUUUUAAUCAUCUCUUUUCAAAUUAUUUGCAGCAACUGAGCAAAGCUUAUUUCCAUGAGAAUAAUGCCAAUAGAACUAUCUGAUAAAUCAUAACUGAUUGUGGGUGCUGAUUAUCACUCUUUUAAUUUUACUAAACAGGGUUUGUCUUUUUGAUUGGCUCUUUUAGAACAACUUCAUGGUAACUCUUUUCAGGCUAAAAUAUGUUUUUCUAAAAUUUAAUGUUCCUUCUUUUAGUUAGAUGUUGAUCAAGAGUGUCCUUUGAAGUUUGCUUCUGAUUCUUUUGACAUGAAUUUGUAGAGAAGCAUUGAUUUUUAAAGCACUGGUUAUAAAGAAGCAUAGACUUUUUUUUUUUUUUUUUUAUGGAAUCAAAACUUUUAGGCUAGAUGUCAUGCUGAUUUUAACACGCUUUUUUGGUGAUAUUAACAUGCUUGAAGCAUAAACAUGAAGAAUGGACUACAUGUCAUGCUGAUUUAAUCAAUUUUCGGGCUUAAAUAUAUCCUAAGAAUUACCAUAAACCUCUUGAUGAAGUUUAAGCAGGACAACAAAAGCAUGAUCUCCAAGGUUGCCCAUGUAUGGAGAAUUGAAGCUUGCCCUGUUCAUAUUCAUGUGGUAUCCCAAAACUAAGGCCUAGAGGCGGUCGAGGUGGAGGUCCUGCCUUGCUGAAUCGUGGCGAUGGGUUCCUAAAUCCUUCACUUUGCUCGGGCCGUUGCUCACUUAGCUCAUCUCACUUGGCUGCUGCAAACAGAUAGAUGGAAGACAAUGAUAUUACAAGGGGCAGUGGAAGAGGUGCUGGUAUAAGCAUCAACAAAGUUAAGGGAAAUAAGGGAGGUAAGCAUAAAACUACUUUGUCACAUUCUUCUAGAUUACAAGCACCUAGGCCUGCAGAAACCCAACAAUCCCUAUCUCAAACACAUACUAACUUCCCACCUUUCCUCUCUACUUCAAGUCCACAAAUGUCUAAUGUCCAUGCUCCCACUUCUCAAAUACCUACAAAUACCCAACAACCCCACUCUACAAUGAAACCUACACAUCAUCUUACAUCUAAAACACCUUCAAAUAUCCAACAAUCCCUAUCUACAAAGCAGCCUACACAUCAUCCCAUAUCUCAAACACAUACAAACUUCUCACCUUUCCUCUCUACUUCAAGUCCACAAAUGUCUACUGUCCAUGCUCCCACUUCUCAAAUACCUACAAAUACCCAACAACCACACUCUACAAGGAAACCUACACAUCAUCUUACAUCUAAAACACCUUCAAAUAUCCAACAAUCCCUAUUUACAAAGCAACCUACACAUCAUCCCAUAUCUCAAACACAUACAAACUUCCCACCUUUCCUCUCUACUUCAAGUCCACAAAUGUCUACUAUCCAUGCUCCCACUUCUCAAAUACCUACAAAUACCCAACAACCCCACUCUACAAGGAAACCUACACAUCAUCUUACAUCUAACACACCUUCAAAUAUCCAACUUCCACAACCUACAAGGCAACCGAAACAUCAUCCCAUAUCUCAAACAUUUACAAAUUUCCCACCUUUCCUCUCUACUCCAAGUCCACAAAUGUCUACAAUUCAUGCUCCCACCUCUCAAAUACCUACAAAUAUCCAAUCUCCCCACUCUACUCCUAGUCCACCACAUCUUUCUAAUACACAUAGACCAUAUGAUGUUGUAUCUGGUGGUGAUCCACAUGCAUCAUCAUCAUCAUGUGAUGAUUCGUAUCCGAUAGCUGGGAGUACAGAUCCUACUGAUAGGCGUAUAUGGAUCCGUCCGGGACCACAGUUAACGUUUGAGCCUGCUGUUAAGCCCCCACGUGACAUUACAAAGAUUAUGAAACGUUUGUUUCAAGGGACUUGGGCAACUUAUGGAGAGUUAAUGAAAAAUGACACGGCUCUUGCAGACUUGUGGUAUAACGAGUUUCAGAGGAUAUAUAAGUGGCUUCCUGAGCAUGAUCAAGACAUAAAGAAGACUUAUCAUCAUAAGGCAUCUGAUGGUUACCAAAAUACAAUGUAUCGGGUACGAAGAGGAAUGGACAAAGGCGAAUGGAUCCCUGCUCUAUUGCGUGAAAAAUUGGAACAAAAUUGGGAAGAUAGUAAAUGGAAGGACAAAGCAGCAGUUAAUAAGCGAAAUAGAAGAUCCUCUAAUGGUCCAUUGCACACUUGUGGGUCAAUUCCAACAAUUGAACAUUCUAAAAGAUUAAAAACUGACUCAAACAUGACUCCAAGUUGUUGGGAAGUGUAUCUAAAGACACACAAAAUGAAAGGUGAUCCAUCAAAGUGGGUAUCCUCCAAAUCUCAAAUGGUUGCGGAUGAAUAUGAAAGACGGAUUUUUGAAAGGAACUCACAACAAACAGAGGGGGAUGAUGUGUCUAAUGACCAUCAGUCAGACAACUUCAUCUUCUUGGACGUAGUUGGAGGAGUCGACAAGAAAGGACGUAUUUAUGGUUUGGGGACAGAGGCAGGAAAAUACAAGCCUUCUUCAUCCAGGUCAUCUGAUGGCAUCUCACCAUCUGAAUAUGAGCAUAUGAGGACUGCAAUAUCUAAAAUGUCAGCUGAAAACAUGGAACUCAAGGAGCGGUUAAAGACUAACGAGGAAUUGAUUCGUGCAUCACAGGAGGAGUCACGUUUAGCUCGAGAGCAGGCACAACAGUCACAGGAGGAUUCACGAUUGCUCCGAGAGCAGUUCCAGAAAUUAAUGGAGUCUUUUACACAAGGCCAUUCGCAUCUACCUCCUUAUCAACCUCAUCGUUCGAGUUAGGAUUAACAUCUGUGUCCACCUACUUGAUUAUUUAUCAUAUUAUUUUGAAAAUUUAAUUAUAACUUUUAGUUUAAAGUAAAUGUUCUAAUACUAUUUAAUAAUUAUUUCAAUAUAUUUUGAUACAAAAGAUAAGUAGUGUGAUUCUUGUGAACGCAAUCAAAAAGGUUUUUAAUCAAA